AUCGCAGGAGGAAGCCGUCGACCUUGAAAAAUCAAUUGGAAAUUUGGAAAAUCAAGGUAGAAGCGUGACACAUUUGAGAAAUAAGAGGAUUAACGAAAAGAAUGAUUUUCUUAACGAAAAGGAAGCUAAUGUAUUCGAACGUAGAAAACGUAACGAAGGAAGUUAUAACACAGGACAAUUAAGUUUCAAAGAAAAUUCUUAUAACGAGAAAACGAAUCAAGAUUCUAAUGAUUAUUGGCGAACAAAUAAUUACAAAGAGUUGACCAACGUCGACGAUUUGAUAGCGCAACAAGCUAAACUCCUCGAUUAUGACAACAAUGAUAAUAACAAUAAUAACAUCAACAACAAGAACAAUAACAACAACAGCAACAAUAACAAUGAUAACGAUAUCAAUAAUAAUAAUAAUAACAAUAAUAAUAAUAAUAAUAACAAUAACGUCGUCAGUGAAACUAAACGAAUGACGAAACGUAAAACUCCAAAGAGAGGAUUAUUCUGGACAAAAGAAAAUGAGAGUAAUAAUCGAUCUCUGUUGAAUAACGAGUGGAAAUGUUUCAUUGGUAAAAAUCAUCGUAGACUUCUACAAAGUUACGACGAGAGUUUGGAGGAAGAUCUAGUUAGCAACGAAGGAUCGACGAGGGAUGAGAUAAGUAAAGUCGGCAAAAGUUGUCGCGAAAAGAACGAUGAAAGAAAGCUGGGUAACGAAAAGUCAGCGAUUAAUCGAGACGAAGAACAACGGGAUAAUAUCGACGAGGAUUCGAAGGAAAAUUUUGAAGGGAACGUGAACGAGGAAAACGAUGAAAGGGAUAAUUUGAAAGCGGGAAGAUACGUAAGGACGUUGGAAAGAGCAAAGAAUCCGUACGAUGCUAGAGUGAACAUGAUGAUAAAGCAACGAAUAGCACAGAAACACAGGGAGGAUGAGAAGAAUCAUGUUAGAAGGAAGCGUUAUCCUUUGGGUAUAAUCGAGUAUUACGAUUACGACGAGGAGAUUAACGAACGAUCGAGAGAGUCGCAAGCUAUCGAUGAUAACGAGCAAAAGAGCGACGAUAAGAAGGAAAGUCUGUUUGGCUCGAGUUUAGGGCUUGAUGAUAACUUGCGAGAAUCUCAGAACGAUACGUUGAUGAAGAAGAAGAAUGAACAAGCCGAGGAACAAGAGAAAGAGAAGAAAAGAAAAGAGCAAAUGAAGAACAAAGAGCCAAAGCAACAAUUCCUCUUCGAACAAGUACCAGCUAAGAACGAGAAUCCAUCCAAGUUUCUGAGGAGCAAGGUCGCGCUUGAAGAUGAGAGAGAGGAGGAUAACAGCUUGCAAAUGAAUCGAGAAAAGUCAUUUUUAAACGAGGCCGCCGCCUCCGGCGAGUUUCGCAAUGAGAAAUCAUCUGGUCGAGGUUGUCGAACGAAAUGGUCGAACAAGAGGAAGAAACAAGACGAAUAUAAUCGGGUGAUGGAAGAACCUAAUCAAGAAUUUGUAAGCGUCGAGAGAGUUGUACCGAAGGAAUCUCUCGAAUAUAUAUUCCAAGGACCAGAAACUCUCCAACGAGAAAUAGUCGACGUUGUUUUCGGUGACGUACAACCAAUCGAAUUUCCGGAACGUAAGAAAAAGUUGGACAGUUUCGGAAAGACUAGUAGAUUGGGAAGUCGACUCGCAAUGAAGAAAUUAGAUGAGAAAGAAUACGACGAUAUCGACAACGUGUUGUACGAGGAGCUGAAGAAAUUAUACGAUUGGGAGGAUAACGAGAAUAAAAAUGGACCUCGGCUUAAAGGCGAUCAACGAAUGCAUCAGGAAUCCGACGACGAUCUCGAGAAUAAGACGAACGACAGCAAUAACAAUACGUCGGCAAGUAAUUACAUGGCUUUAAAGAAGACGGACGAUCUGUUUAAAGGUGGAGUAGAGCAAGGCGAUAUUUUCGAGGAGAGAACAUCAAACGGAACUAAGAAUCAUCAGUCGAAUCCAAACUAUAGUAAUAUCGGCAACAUCGAAUGGAAAGUGAUCCCCGUAGUGGAAACUAUAAAUGAUUCACGUUCCAAAUCAAGCGGAGUGCUUCGAUCGGGGUUAUCCAAGCGAAAAACUGCGCCCGAGACCGAUUCAGGUUCGCCUUAUGAAAAUGGAAAGUACCACGAUUCCAUGAACGAACUAGAAGAGAACGUUCCGAGUAUCGACGGUGAUAAACGCUCGCUUCUCGAGUCUAAAGAUAUGCACGAAUCGUUCGUAGAGCCUAUGGAUCGUAUCGAUGAUUUCGACGACGACAUUAAAGUUAGAUUGGGAAGAGGCCUGAAAACGAUCAACGAUGAUUCUAUUAAGAACGAUACGUCCAACGAUACCUCGACUAAUGUUCCUUCUAUAAAUAAUGAAAAUCUAACAACGACUAUGAACAUUGUAAAAAUGUCUACGAAUUACGAAAUAAAUACAAUAAAUUCGUCGUAUUAUCCCCGAGAUAUCAAUGAUAAUUCUAACGAAACGAUAAAAAAAAAUGAAAAAAAAAGCAGGUCGAGCAACGAAAGCCAUUCGACCGUGAAUAGCGUUAAAAUCGAGUCUAGUAGCCGCCCUCGGUUGGAACCAUUGGCCAAUAGGAAUGCAUCGAGAGUGAAACGAGAAGGAAAUUCUUACUCGUUAAAUUACGACGAGGGAAAUCCGUACGAUACGUAUUAUUCGCAUUCGAACGAUAUCACGAAAGAUCUUUACACGAUUGACCCUUACAAAUACAAAGAAAACGAUAAUACGCAUUUGAAGUAUAGCGAUUUGAACGAUCUUUAUAAAUCGAACGAAGACGAUUCGAACGGUAGAAAGAUUAAUGAUCGAAAAAAGAACAAAAAUAAAAGGAGACGAAACAAGAAGAAGAAGAGGAAGAGAAAGAAGAAUAAGAAUAAGAAAAGAAAGAGGAAUAAGAAAAAGAAUAAGAAAAAUUCCAAAUGGAAAAUGACCAAGAAACGUGCUAGAAAUUUGAACAAGGACGAGAGAUUCGAGUUUCUUGGCGAUUCGAAAAGGAGGAGGAAACUUUCGAAACGUCGUCCCUUUGCGAAUUUUCGGGAAAUCGUAUGGAGGAAGGGACAACAGCGUCAGAGGAAGAAGAAAAAUAUGGGCGCGAAGAAGAGGAAGGAAGUGGAAAAGAUCGAGAUGAAAAAGUAUCGUGAAACGGGAACGGCGAAGGGAAUUCGAAGGAAUUCUAAUGCUGAUAUCGUAGCUGGCUCUAACGUUAUUCAACAGGAGAGUGUGAACGAUCAAAACACAAUGAGAGAGAAGGAGACGGAGGAUGAGGAUACGCGUAGAAAGAAGCUCGCUAUGCUCCUGACAGCUGACAACAUGGAAGAUGAAUCUCAAAUGGAUUUGGCUCUUCAUGGAGAAUUGGCUGGAAAAAUCGUCGAAAACAUUUUCGAACAAGUGCAAAAGAACGAAGCCCUUAAGGUAGCUCUAGGUCCGGGUCUUUAUAGAAAGAACAAACCCGAAGAUUCGACCGAGAAUGAUAAGACUUAUCAGGGAUUCGAUGACGGCGAGAUAAAACAUACCGAGAAGACGAUGAAGAAAGUUAUGGAACUUCUUGGUCGACUAGUGUUGGACGAAGUCCAAAAGAAAACUUGCUCGGCAUUACCACCGGACAUGCGACAAUUUUUAGAGUGGAUGUUGGAAGUCAACGGAAAGAAAGAAUCGGAGGAACAAACACCUUUAUUACCAUUGGUACACGAUAAAGAAACGACCGAACAUCCGUCGGACGACAAGAUACUUUUUCCCAAAACUUCCGAUCAAGAACCUGAUAAAGACGUCAACGAACUCCACAAGAAGGUUCGAAUAUUGCAGAAUCUUAUAAACCAGUACAACGCUUUAUCUGCCAAAGAGAAGAUAAAGGUCCAGACUGUCCACGAUUAUCUGGUCAGACAAUUGAAUUUGCUUUUACAUUACAUCGAGAUGAAGGAAAAAUCGGAGAAAAAUAAAACUGGCCCAAAGACCGUACCGUCAAGACGUAACGCAGAAUUUAUUCUUCGUUACGAUAAUGCCUCGCCAAAUGUCGAAUUCGAUAGGAAUCUCACUUCGUCCAAGGACGCGAACGUAUCCGACUUUUGGAAAUUCGACAAUGUCACUUAUGCGUCGGACGUUGAAAGAAAGAAACGUCGGCCUAUUCGAAGUUCCAAUUAUUCCGUUAAUAAAAAACGACGAAAAAAGCGUAAGAAACGUAAACGUAAACGUCGUAGGCGAAAUGAAAGAAGGUACGAUAAGAACGAGACGCCGGAGUAUCGAAAACUUGCACGUCACGCUGCUAUGAUAAGACAAAAACGUGGGGAUAAUUUGGAGGAUGAAUGGGAUCAAUUUGAUUUCAAAUACGAACAGCCAGAGAUCUAUAAAUCUAUGAGUAUUUUGAACGACCAGAACGGGAAAAUAAGAGACGGACGAUCGACCGACCUAAAGAAAAAGAGAGAAAUCCGAAAAAGAGACAAUGUUACUAUCGCAAAUCUUUAUAACGAUAAUUUCGACGAUUUACCGGUGAAAGGUAAAAAUCUUGCCGAGGACGAGAUGAUACUCCUUAAUAAACGCGAGUCGUGGAAAAAGCAAAACGAGAGACAACUCGAAGAGGUGGCCUUCGGUAAGGAUAUGCGAAACAAGCUUAGAGAGGAAGAACAAUUCGAGAGAUUGACGGGAAUUAAAGGGAAGAAGAUUGUGAACGAUGAGAAGCCAAGGGAAAAACGAGAAAAUAAUAAAAUAGAAAAGAUCGAGGAGGGUAAGAAGACUUUCAUCCGAUCGACUUUAAAUAACGUCACGUUAAAUAUUAACACUACUGUUGUUUCCUAUUACGAAUUAACGACCGUUCACUCGUCUCCCAAUUUUGUUAACGACAAAAUAAUUUCGUUGAAAAAACCAAACGAUACGAGCGAGAACGAAGAAAAAUUAAAGAUGAUGGAACGAGGGAUCAACGUUUAUGCCGAUGACAAAAAUGAGACGUCGCGGACUACGGAAAAAAAGAAAAAGAAAAAGAAUUGAAAUCGAUUAACGACGAAGCUUAUAUAACGACCAACUCGAAAAGAUUAUAUUAUAUUCACCGAUUACAAGGUAGAGAUAUGAUAAUAAUAGUAGUAGUAAUAAUAUAAUAAUAAUAAUGAUAAUGAUAAUAAUAACAAUAACGAUAAUAAUAAUAUAAUGAUAAUGAUAAUAAUAAUAAUAAUAAUAAUAACAACAACGAUAAUAAUAAUAAUAAAAAAAUAAAAAGAAAGAAAAGAAAAGGAAAGAAAAAAGAACCAGUCGUUAUCAUUGUCAAUUAGAUAGGACGGGAUGCGAUCUAAUAAAUCCGUCGAUCGCGGAACGUCUAAAUAAUUUCAUCCCGAGCGAACGAACGCAUCGAUCGCGUAUGAGCGUUAUCUCGGUCGACGUGUUCUCCCCAUCGGAGCGCGACAGACAGCCAGCCGAAACUUCGUAAAUUGUCCUGUCGUUACGAUCAACCGGAUGUCCUCGUGCAUUUACACGAGCCCUACCUUCGCUCUGCUAAUCUACACCCAAAUUACUCUCAAUGAGAUCGAUCCAAUUGCGAAAGAAAUAUGAACGAAACGAUUAGUACAAGAAAGAAAGAAAGAAAGAAAGAAAGAAAGAAAGAAAGAAGGAAAGAAAAAUAGGAAAAAGAAUAAAAAAAAAAAUAGAAAGAAAGAAAGGAAAAAAAAGAGAGAGAGAGAAACAAAAAUAAAACGCAUAGGAACAAACGAUAUCGAAGAGGCAUACGAUAAAAAGAGAUACGGGUAAUUCUAAAAAGAAUUGAAAAACUUUUUCUACCCGCGAUUACGACACCUGUGAACUUCUCCCCAAGUUUAUUAAAGACCGUGUAGGUGUGUAUAUCCCAAGUUAACUUCCCAAGUUCUUUUAAAACCCGGUCGGAAAUUGAUAGCCGCUUUCCUCUUCCAGGUCCUCUUUCCUUAAAAAAAAAAAAAAGAAAAAAAAAAGAAACAUCUUCGGCUUCGACUUCGGCUUCGGCUUCGGCUUCUUCCGUACGAGCGCGUGCGGAACGCAACCCUCCUUUGGGAUGCGCUUCAAUGAAAUCUUACGAAUCUUUAAUCACCCCGACCCCCAUCGUAAUCCUUUCCAACCUCCUUCUCUUCCUCCUUCAUCUCCUCCUCCUACUUCUUCGUAUAACUACCACCGACGGUCUAAGCGAUAAUUUACGAUGUUAAAAAAAACUUGAUUAAGCCGAUCUUAAAUCUCUUUGGCAGCUAUGUACUACACGAGCGUGGGACGUUAACUUGUCGAUUCAUAAGAAACAAAAAAAAAUAAAAAAAAUAAA